UAGGCGGUCACAUGGUGGCUCCGAGAGAGAAUCUCGAGUAAAAUACAGAGGUAGCCAUUACUCCAAUCGGUCCUAGUGAAAAUAGUUUUUCUGCGUUGUGGUGACCGCAAUUCCGGGGGAUUUGUCAGCCAAAGGUGAAGAACAAACGGAGCUAUUUCGCCUACAAAAAUAAUAUUUUGGGAAAAAAUGAACUUUGGCUCUCUUACCUGGGAGUCUCGUGAGUGAAAACAUCUGAAGUUCAUCAAAGGUAGCCUGGCGGUUAGGAGCAUUGGGCCAGUAGCCGAAUCCCAGAGCUGGCAAGGAGUCUCUGGGGAAGGCGGAUCCAGCAUCCAGGGUGGCCCGGUGGAGGAGAGGAAGGAGAAGGUGCCCAGCCCUCACCUCAGCCAGCUGGUUGUUCUGACAGCCAGUGAGACACUCUAUGGCCUGGCCCAGAGGGUAGUCGCAACAGAGUCACUGGUGUUUCUGGCCGAGCAGUUUGAGUCCCUUCAGUCUUACCUGGAUACUAUGAUGCCUGUAGCCAAGAAGCUGUUCCUCCAGCAGUUCUACUCACAGUGAGCUACGUAAACCCAUAUGCUGGGUCGUGGCGGCCAAGGCUUUAGACUACGAACAGAUGCUGCUGCUGAUGGCUGCAGUUAAGUCUGACAUUAGGGGGAUAAUGUCGCAGCACAAUGUGUACGUGGACGUCCUGUUAAAGGAGUUUGAGGAGUUUAACAAGAGGCUGGGUGAUGUGUCCAGACACGUCCGGGUCCCUCUGCCUGUGUCUAACGUCCUGUGGGAACACUGCAUCCGUCUGGCCAAUAGGACUCUGGUGGAGGGCUAUGGUAACGUAAAGAAGUGCAGUACUGAAGGGCGGGCUCUGAUGCAGCUGGACUUCCAGCAGUUCCUGAUGAAGCUGGAGAAGCUGACAGACAUGAGGCCCAUCCCUGACUGAGAAUGACAUGGAGCAGUUCAUCAAGAACCAGAAGGUGAGGAACGCUCACGGCAGCUUUGAAGUUAUCAUAAUAAUUAUUCACUCAGUCUGCUCAAUGUGCUUCGAUUAAUUCUACUUAGGAGGACGGGACUCACCCCGUUUACCAGCAAUGUGUAGCACAAACCUGAAUAUGUGUAGUAAAAACAAUAGUUAAUCAGUUACUAUAGCCAGCUGUGACGAAAGACUAAAGACUAUCUGAGACUAAAGGCUAUCUGAGACUAAAGGCUAUCUGAGACUAAAGGCUAUCUGAGACUAAAGGCUAUCUGAGGCUAAAGGCUAUCUGAGGCUAAAGGCUAUCUGGGACUAAAGGCUAUCUGAGAUUGUCUGAGACUAAAUGCUAUCUGAGACUAAAUGCUAUCUGAGACUAAAUGUUAUCUGAGACUAAAUGGUAUCUGAGACUAAAGGCUAUCUGAGACUAAAGACUAUCUGAGAUUGUCUGAGACUAAAGGCUAUCUGAGAUUUAAAGGCUAUCUGAGCCUCAAGGCUAUCUGAGACUAAAGGCUAUCUGAGACUAAAGACUCUCUGAGAAUGUCUGAGACUAAAGGGUAUCUGAGAUUGUCUGAGACUAAAGGCUUUCUGAGACUAAAGACGAUCUGAGAUUGUCUGAGACUAAAGGCUAUCUGAGACUAAAGGCUAUCUGAGUCUAAAGGCUAUCUGAGGCUAAAGGCUAUCUGAGACUAAAGACUAUCUGAGAUUGUCUGAGACUAAAGGCUAUCUGAGAUUUAAAGGCUAUCUGAGGCUAAAGGCUAUCUGAGACUAAAGAUGGAGACUAAAGGCUAUCUGAGACUAAAGGCUAUCUGAGACUAAAGGCUAUCUGAGACUAAAGACUAUCUGAGACUAAAGACUCUCUGAGAAUGUCUGAGACUAAAGGGUAUCUGAGAUUGUCUGAGACUAAAGGCUUUCUGAGACUAAAGACGAUCUGAGAUUGUCUGAGACUAAAGGCUAUCUGAGACUAAAGGCUAUCUGAGACUAAAGGCUAUCUGAGUCUAAAGGCUAUCUGAGGCUAAAGGCUAUCUGAGGCUAAAGGCUAUCUGAGACUAAAGACUAUUUGAGACUGUUUUUUUGUGUUGUUCCAGUGGUGUGGGAUGAAGUCACCCCAGACACUGAGCUUCGGUUAGUUUUGCGUUUCCCCCACUAAUGGUUAAGGUUAGGAUUGGGGGAGCGAAAGCUGAUCCUAGAUCUGUACCUAAGGGUAUCUUCACCCCUGAGCUUGUUCCAGUCCAGGACUAUUACUGUACCUGGGCGGUUUGUUAUGUCCAAAAAUGAUUUAUCCUGAUACACCAAGUUAAAAUGAUAUGUUGUCAUCUUGUCUCUAAUAAAAUGUUCUGUUUUACACUGAGUGCACAAAACAUUAUGAACACCUGCUCUUUCCAUGACAUGGACUGACCAGGUGAAAGCUAUGAUCACUUGUUAAAUACACUUCAAUCAGUGUAGAUGAAGGGGAGGAGACAGGUUAAAUAAAACAAUUCAGACAUGGAUUGUGUAUGUGUGCCACUCAGAGGGGGAAUGGGCAAGACUUUGCUGGGUUUUUCAUGCUCAACAGUUUCUUUUGUGUAUCAAGAAUGGUCCACCAUCCAAAGGGCUUCCAGCCGACUUGACACAACUGUAGGAAGCUUUGGAGUUAAAAUGGGCCAGCAUCCCUGUGGAACGCUUCAACACCUUGUAGAGUCCAUAACCAUUCAAU